GUGUUUCUAAGAGACUGAACAGGUGCAUCAUUGAUAGGCUAUCAAUGUCUUCCGGAUCCAUGCCAGCCUUCACGGCCCGAGCAGCCAAAGGUAUAUAAACCUUGCCCUCUGAGUAGUUUCUAUCAUCAUCAGCUUCACAUCCCAUCACAUCUCAAUUUCAUACUCUCAAACUCUCAACAUCUAAAAGCAAAUCAGCUUUUCGACCAGCAAAAUGAAGUUCACUGUCGGUUCUGCUAUGGUGGCUACCACCUUCCUCUCCGCUGCGAACGCCGCUUUCCCCUCGAUCCCCAACGUCCCCAAGACCUGCUUGGAGAUCCCCCAGGUCAUUGGCAACAAGCCUCUCCAGCUGCUCUCCUACUUCCACAAGGAGGUUUGUGAGAAGAACUGCACCGCCACCAUCAACCAGCACAACCAGUACCUCCAGGAGUCGGUCUUCCCCCAGAUCAUGAAGGAUCUGGACCAGAAGCUGGACGUGCCCGCCUCCGAGCAGGCCUCUUUUCAAAAGAUCCAGACUCAGAUCAAUUCCGCCAUCGAGAAGAACUGCAAGUCUGAAGGCGACAAGCCCCUGUGCAAUGACCUCGAGGGGCUGGCCAGCUACGGCCGCUGCGCGCUCAAUGCUAGCCAGCCCAUCAUCUUGAACAACAUUGGCCAGCUCCAGGGCUCCAUGAACAUCACCGACGCCGACUGCACCAAGAUCAAGCAGAUCGACUCUGAUGCGACUGUCUGGCAGAAGACCCUGCCCGGUUACAUUGACAAGUUCGCUCAGGAGUGUGAGAGCGAGAAGUCGAACUAGAGGUUCGCGAGACCAAAUC